UGACAUCGUAUAGAUAUUUCGUCAUCAUGCAUGAUACCAAUAUUUCUAAAUUUCGAAUAGAGAAUAAUAACAUAAUGUGAUGUUAGGAAACAAGAAACCAAAAAAUAAAUAAUAAUGCAGUACCGUUGAGAAUCAAAUGGUUCUUUUAGUAGUCACCAUCAGAGAGGUAAAAGACAAGUUGAACAUAAAUGAGAAGAUUCAUCCUUAGAACCAUUAUGUAAAAACGUAUACGUUGAUUACAGCUUUCAUGUGAAGUGUCAGGUCAUGCAAUAACUUUGAUAAGGUCCUUAGAAAAAGAUCGACGUUGUCUUCAUUAAUUAGGACCCAUCUAUGAAACCACUAAGAGAGCGACAAAACCAUGAGAGUUUGUGUCCCUACCCAUUCAUGGCUGCUAUAACUUUGUGAUUACCUUCUUCUCUCCUCUUCUUUACCUUUUAUAUAUAAGAAGAGAUCAAAGCUUUUGUUCAGACAUCACUUGUUCAGACAUCACUUGCAAACUCUUUCUUUCUUUUUAUCUCAUUUGUGUCUUGUCUGGGAAAAACAUGGCUACUUUUGAGGAAAACUCUGAUUUGGAUGCUAUACAGAAGCAUCUUUUUGAAGACUUUAUGGGAGAUUUUGACUUUGAUGCUUCUUGUGUCUCAGGACUCUGGUAUAUAGAGCCUGCGAUGAAUCAAGUUCCUAAACAAGAACCUGAUUCCUCAUCAGCACAUGAGACUGAUCAGAGUGUCUCAACUAGGAAAAAAGCCAAGAGGCUUGAAGAGGAAGAAGAAGAACAGAGGCAUUACCGAGGAGUGAGACGAAGGCCGUGGGGGAAAUUUGCAGCAGAGAUUCGUGAUCCAGCUAAGAAAGGAUCUCGGGUAUGGCUAGGAACCUUUGAGAGUGAUGUCGAUGCUGCAAGAGCGUAUGACUGUGCAGCUUUCAAGCUCCGGGGAAGAAAAGCUGUGCUCAACUUUCCCCUGGACGCUGGCAAAUAUGAAGCUCCGGUGAACUCAGGACGGAAAAGGAAGAGAAGUGAUGUGAAGGAGGAGCUCCAAAGAAGUCAGGGAAACUCUUCGUCUUCUUCAAAUGAUGGAGAAACGACUUGUGAGUGAUACACUUAACGUUAAAGAGGGUGGAGUGUAUGUUAGUAUGGAAUUUUAAUGGGAUAGCAUUUACAAGUGAGUGUAUCUAAUGUUAACGCAAGAGGAUAAGGGGGAGUGAAUAGCGAAUCUUGCAGCAAAUGUUUUGUCUCAUAGCUUAGGCAGAUAUUAACACUCGAUGAUAAAGUAUAACGGACCGCAAGCUACAUGGUCCAGACUCUUGAAAGAGAGAGAGAGAUGCACAACUUCCAUAUGGAUAUUAAACAGAGAAGAGAUUUUUAUGUAAAUAUGUAUAUGAGUUGUCGAUGCUAGGAGCAAUGGCCCAUCGUAUGAGAGACACCACUGCAUGAGAAAACUUGUCAUAAAGUUACAAAAUCAUGGCAUAAACCAGAAUCCAUUGGUUCAUGAUAAGAGCAAACACUUUUCUCUAAUCAAUCAUUCUUACU